UUGAUUGUUGUAUGGUAAAUCAUUUUAUAAAAAUUGUAGCAUUCCAUUUAAUUGAUAACUGCAAAUUUUAGCUCAAGUGUUGAGCCCUUCAUGGAUUCAGAAACUGAUAUCUACUGAUUUGCAGGGCUUUACUAUGUAUUGCUCACCUUGUCAGCCAUUCUUGGCAAGAAUUGUUAUUUUCUUGUCUUUAUGGUUUAUACAGAAACAGAGCUAUGCAUAAGUCUCUAUUUUCUUAGGUGGUACUCUUAAUUACUUUGUCUGAAAGUAGCUUUAUUUGGAUUUAUAUAGAGCAGUGUUGUCAAUGUUACAUGUCAACUUUGAUAAUUAGAAAAAUGUGUGGGAAAGGAGCUAUUUUCUAAAUACAGUUUAUUUUUAGUGUUUGUCAUGAGUCCAUAGAUAGUUGCCAUAUGAGCUUUCUUAAUUAAUGUCAAAAUUCUGAUAAAACUACAGUACACACAUCUACUAAAUGUAGCAUGGAAAGACAGCUAACAAAAAUUCAAAACUUUGUCUUUCCUGUUGUAGGGUAUUUACAACAGGAAAAGCUUUUAGCUACCUGCCGUGAAUUUAUAUUGGAAAGCUCAGAUUUAAAAGAAUAUGCUGAGCACUAUACAGAGGAAGGAUUUGUUCCGGCUUGUUUACUGUCUUUGUUUGGAAAAAAUUUGACAACCAUUCUUAAUGAGUAUGUUGCCAUGAAAACAAAAGAAACAACAAAUGAAGUUCCUGCAAUCAUGUCAUCU